UAUUGAAGGAGAUCAUCUUUUAGGCUGUAAGCAAGAUCCAAUUUGAUGUUUACGUCACAAUGCCAUCCGAGAUAUAAUGUGGCAUGCCCUUCUGCAAAUGCUAAAAUGAUUUGCAAUUACUUAGAGUGUGAUGUCAACUAUCAAGGCUGGGAUAGCCCGGUCUAGAAUGUUUACAGUAAAGUAUAUAUACCCAGCAACCGCCCUGACAUCAAUGAUGCUUCUUCUACUCAAAAACAACUGCAACACUUGCUGAAGGAUACUCUUUGCUCUUUGUUGAAGGAGCUUUCCAUCCUGAGAGAUCGUGCUCGACUACUCACAAUUUCUUACUCUUGUGCUGGGGACUUGUUAUUGGCACUACCCAUAACUUACCCAUAAUCUUGGCCUUGCUAUGCUCCAGCAUGUGUUCAUUGUCUCUGUGCGGUUGUGGCUUGGAAUACCAAUUUUUCCAUGUCCUCCGCAAUCAAACGUUGCUCUUGCAGGCAGGUUUUAGAUGUUCAUGGUGAUCAUCUUUUGGGUUGUGGCAAUGGCAACCUGAGAAUUAGAUGCCACAAUGCUCUAGGUGAAGGGAUUUUUCACACGUUAAACAACAAUGCAAACUGUCAAAUGGAACAGAGAUGCAAUGGAUACUCAAACAGUAGACCAGGAGACAUUUAUCAUCUGGAUUUUGAGCUAGGAUGCCCCACCUAUUUCGACAUCACUGUAAGAAACUGCUUCCAACCUCAUUUAGUCGUAAGAGCUUCAAAUUGGCCAGACCUUGCAGCUGAAGCAGGAGAGGAGGCAAAAGACAAUUUACACCAAGCAUCUGUAACAGCAGCAGGAGGAAUAUUCCAUUCUAUCGUGGUUGAAACUUUUGGUCUUUGGUCGUUUCACAGCCUCGACGUUUUGAAAUCAGUUGCGCGGACAUCAGCCCUGCAUAACCACCUGACUGCUAGCCAGCCACCACACACCUCCAUCAACAGCUGUCCAUCAGACUUUAGCUUUAUAAUUCUAAGAUGGAGACUAGCAUUGAAAAGCAGUGAAGAUAUUUUGGGUUAGUUUGAGAUAGUUGUGUUGGGGUUUGGGUUUGGAAAUUGUAGUAGAA